GCGGGUUGUAGUUUGUGGGGCUGCGACCCCUUCCCGCCCACGCCCGCUUCCCUGCCCCUCGCCCGGCACCGCCGACAGGAGAGAUUUACAAAUAGUGCUUGAGCAUCAUGGAGCUUCUAGGUUCUACUUUAGCGGCAACUUAUGCCCACCCUAGACCAACACCAGCCAACUUCCUACCAGCCAUCAGUGCCAUGGCCUCAAGCUAUAGGGACUGCUUCCCCCACUGCAAUCUGACCCGUAGUCUGAGCCUGCCUUGGAGACCAAGCACGUACUACAAAGCAGCCUCCAACUCGCCAGCCUUGGACCCGUACUGCACCAGAUCUCAGAGGGUGUCCGAGAGCACCACGCUUCCCUUUGUUUCCAACAGAACCACACUCUUGACCAGGUAUACUCCCGAUGAUUGGUACAGGUCCAACUUAACCAACUUUCAAGAAUCCAACGCUUCCCGACACAAUUCAGAGAGACUAAGGAUAGAUACAUCUCGCUUGAUUCAAGACAAAUAUCAACAAACGAGAAAAACCCAGGCAGACUCCACCCAAAAUCUGGGAGAACGAGUCAACGACAUAGGAUUUUGGAAAUCUGAAAUCACUCAUGAGUUGGAUGCAAUGAUUGGAGAGACAAAUGAACUAACCGAUAUUAAGAAAAAACUGGAGAGGGCUUUGAUGGAGACAGAAGCCCCUCUUCAGGUAGCCCGGGAAUGUCUAUUUCAUCGAGAGAAGAGAAUGGGAAUCGAUCUAGUUCAUGAUGAAGUGGAAACAGAGUUGCUGAUGGAGGUUGAUAUUAUUCUGUGUUGUCAAGAAAGGAUGAAGCUGCAUUUGGACAAGGCCAUUGCCCAACUAGCAGCCAACAGAGCUUCCCAGCACGAGCUGGAGAAGGACCUGAGUGGCAAACAGGCGGCCUACCGCAUCGACGAUAAAUGCCACCACCUGCGAAACACGUCGGACGGCGUCAGCUACUUCCGCGGAGUGGAGAGGGUGGAUGCCAUGGUCUCAGUGCCCGAGUCCUGGGCCAAAUUAACCGACGACAAUAUUCUUCGCUCCCAGAGCGAGCGAGCUGCCUCUGCGAAACUAAGAGACGACGUCCAGAACCUGCUGGUGGUGACAGCCAACGAGAUGUGGAAUCAGUUCAACAAAGUGAACCUGGCUUUCACCAGCCGCAUUGCUGAGACUGCAGAUGCUAAAAAUAAGAUUCAGAUUCACCUCGCAAAGACCCUGCAGGAGAUUUUCCAGACGGAGAUGACCAUCGAAUCCAUCAAGAAGGCCAUCAAGGACAAGUCUGCCUUCCUGAAGGUGGCUCAGACCAGGCUGGAUGAGCGUACGCGGAGGCCCAACAUAGAGCUCUGCAGAGACAUGGCUCAGCUGCGCCUGGUUAACGAGGUGUACGAGGUGGACGACACCAUCCAGACGCUGCAGCAGCGCCUGAGGGACGCGGAGGACACCCUGCAGUCGCUGGUCCACAGCAAGGCCACCCUGGAGCACGACCUGGCGGUCAAAGCCAACUCCCUGUACAUCGACCAGGAGAAGUGCGUGAGCAUGCGCAGGAGCUUCCCCAGCGCCCGGCGGCUGGCGGGCUUCUGAUAGGGCCCCCUCCCCUGGACCAGGUGUGACGCUCCCCAAGGAAGGCGGAACCCGGGCGCCGCGCGCACGCGCGCACUUACACGAGGGCUGAUCUAUAUUCACUUAUUAAA